UCUUCUCACUCUUUCACUGCCCUCUAUAAUAUCCCACAGCCAAACAAGCUCUUCAACACCCUCAACUUAAACAACACUUCCUUCUUCUUCAACUUUCAAGUCUUAGUAAAAAAAAAAAUUCUCCAAAGUAAAAACUUUCAACUUUGAAGUCUUUAGUAAAAUUAAACAAGCUCUUAAAUUCUCGCUCUUUAUUAGUUGUUAGAUGGAAAAGAGACGAGAUGAUCAUGAAGAAAAACAUCUACACAUUGCAUUCUUCACAAUGUUAAUAGCCCUUUUAAUGCUUUUCUUUCAACGUGCUACGAUAGUUACGUUGGUCGAGGCGCAAUGGCGCGCUCGCAUUUUUAUUCUCGUCAACUUGAUCUUGUUAGUCAUCUUAUAUUCAUCUAUACACUACACCACUUCGAGCAACAAACACGAAAACAUGAACCGUGAGGAGGAGGAACGAAGAGAGAAAAUCGCUACGAAACGAAGACAUUCUGAUGUGAAUUUAACAACUAUUGAUGAUGGUGAAAAGAGUGAGUUUUCUUAUUGUAAGAAAACAUCAAGAAAAGUUGUUAAUGAAGUUUAUAAAAAUAGUAAUGAGGUUUAUAACAAGGUGGGAGAAGAUGUGGAUUUGUUGUCUGAAGAAGAGCUUAAUAAAAGAGUUGAAGAAUUUAUUGCUAUGUUUAGAAAACAUUUGAUCGUUGAUUCUAAGAGAAAAAACAGAAAUGUUGCUGCUACAAGAAAUGUUCGAGGACGAUCAACGAAGCAUCUUAUCAGUUAGCUAUGAUCUUUAUUAUUUCUAUUUGUUGUGUUUGAAAAUUGAAAUUUUGGUAUUAUUAGUAGUGAAGUAUUAUUUUUUUGGCCACUUUCAUUUGCAAAAGCAUGAGAAGAAUCAUAUAUAAUGAAGGAAUCUCUCUUUCGAAUUA